UCUGAUCCACUAAAAUUGUAAAACACCGAAAUAAAAUUAGGGUUUCACCAUUUUUCAUCAAACUUCAGAGUGAUAGAGAGGCUUUUCGACGAGUGCGGCUAAAACUAGGGUUUUUCAUUUUCCUCUGCGAAACUCUCAACUUCCACCAUGGCUGAACAGACUGAGAAGGCUUAUUUGAAGCAACCAAAAGUGUUUCUAAGCUCGAAGAAAUCUGGAAAGGGAAAGAGACCUGGAAAAGGUGGAAAUCGCUUCUGGAAAUCCAUUGGUCUUUCAUUCAAGACUCCCAGAGAUGCCAUUGAAGGAACCUACAUUGACAAGAAGUGCCCCUUCACCGGCAAUGUUUCCAUCAGGGGCCGUAUUUUAUCUGGAACCUGUCACAGUGCUAAGAUGAACAGGACUAUUAUUGUUAGAAGGAAUUAUCUUCACUUUAUUAAGAAGUAUCAGAGAUAUGAGAAGAGGCAUUCUAACAUUCCUGCUCAUGUAUCACCUUGCUUCCGUGUUAAGGAAGGAGACCAUGUAAUCAUUGGCCAAUGCAGGCCUCUCUCCAAGACUGUGAGGUUCAACGUCUUGAAAGUGAUCCCAGCUGGAUCAUCGAGUGGUGCUGGAAAGAAGGCAUUUACUGGAAUUUAAGAUGUGUUGAAAGUAAUUCUGAUUUCUGUAUGCUGACUUAUAUGAAGACCAGUUCAAUUUUGUUUUGUUUUUGAAUUUAAGCCCUAUCAUCAUUUGAUAAAAGUUGAAGGAUUUUGAUUAUUGGUUAUUUAAUAGUAGUAGCAUUUUAUAUUGAA